ACUCUUGGACCUAUAAAACACCAUAGUCUCUCCCUUGGGAUAAUCAUUCACAACUUUGAUUCCCUGCGAUUUUUCUGCAAUCAACAAAAUUCACUAUGGGAGUCACAACCUUUACACACGAGUUUUCAUCCUCUAUUGCACCAUCACGCAUGUUCAAGGCCUUGAUCAUAGACUCCAAAAAUUUGAUUCCAAAGCUCUUGCCGCAGUUUGUAAAAGAUGUCCAAGUGAUCCAAGGAGAGGGAGAAGCUGGAAGCAUUGAACAAGUCAACUUCAAUGAAGCUAGCCCCUUUAAAUAUCUGAAGCAGAGGAUUGAUGAGGUUGAUAAGGAGAACUUUAUUUGCAAAUACACAAUGAUUGAAGGGGAUCCACUAGGUGACAAGCUUGAGUCUAUAGCUUAUGAGGUAAAGUUUGAGGCCACUAGUGAUGGAGGUUGCCUAUGUAAAAUGACAAGCCAUUACAAGACCAAUGGCGACUUUGAAGUUCAAGAGGAACAAGUAAAAGAAGGAAAAGAAAGCACGAUUGGGAUUUACAAAGUUGUGGAGUCUUACUUGCUGGAGAACCCACAAGUAUAUGCUUAAUUAUUCAUUAUUCAUUAUUCAUUAUUUAUUGGUGUGUCAUGUCAUAUACGAUAGAUAAACCUUUUCAGAUUUGUAAUAAGUAAUAACAGUGUGGAAGGGCCAUUUAGAAUGGUUGCAACGAGUUAAACUUCUUAUAUCUUGUAUUGUAUAGCCUUGAAGGGCUAGUUGUUUGGCAAAAAUUAUUGUAUUUUGAUGGAGUAAUAAAGAGAUGAGAACUUGAAUCACAA